CCCGAGACUAGGAGCCCGCCAGGGCUAAGUAGGAGGGAUACCCUAGGGACCCUGCAGGGUUUUAGGGUUGGGGUGGAUUGGAAAUUGUUCAUUGCCUUUCAGUUCCGGGACAUGGAAGGACACUGAGUCACCAAACGCCGCCAUGGGCCGGAAGCCACCGCCCUAGCCUCAGCUGCAAUCUAGAGCGCGGCGUAUCCCGUGAGCCCACUGGGGACUACGACUCCCGGCAUGCUCCGCGGCCGUCGGAAUUAACCCUUCAGGGCUGGGGGCCGCGCUGUGCACCGCCCCCUCCCCAGCCACAGACGCGGACCCCGCAGGAGAUGGGUGCCCCCAUCCGCACACUGUCCUUUGGCCACCGGACAUCAUGCCUCCCAAGAAGGAUGUUCCCGUGAAGAAACCAGCAGGGCCCUCCAUCUCCAAACCUGCUGCUAAGCCAGCAGCAGCAGCAGCAGGGGCUCCUCCAGCCAAGAGCAAAGCUGAGCCAGCUGUCCCCCAGGCCCCUCAGAAAACCCAGGAGCCUCCAAUCGAUCUCUCCAAAGUGGUGAUCGAGUUUAACAAGGACCAGCUGGAGGAGUUCAAGGAGGCCUUCGAGCUGUUUGACCGAGUGGGGGAUGGCAAGAUCCUGUACAGCCAGUGUGGGGACGUGAUGAGGGCCCUGGGCCAGAACCCCACCAACGCCGAGGUGCUCAAGGUCCUGGGGAACCCCAAGAGUGAUGAGCUGAAGUCCCGGCGUGUGGACUUUGAAACUUUCCUGCCCAUGCUCCAGGCAGUGGCCAAGAACCGGGACCAAGGCACAUAUGAGGACUACUUGGAGGGGCUUCGUGUGUUUGACAAGGAGGGGGACGGCAAAGUCAUGGGAGCAGAGCUCAGACAUGUUCUCACCACCCUCGGAGAGAAGAUGACUGAGGAGGAGGUGGAGACUGUUCUGGCAGGACAUGAGGACAGCAACGGCUGCAUCAACUACGAGGGUGAGGGGCCAAAAAAGCAGGAGCGGGGCCGGGAGAGGAGGGGAGCCCGGCGUCUUGCCGCGUGUGGGCGGGGGCACCCCUGAAUUACCUAGAGUCAGAUGUAUUAUCCAGAGGCCUGCUUCUGAAGCCCCUCUUGCCUCCUCUCUUUGCAGCCUUCUUGAAACACAUCCUAAGCGUCUGAGUGUUACAGGUAGGGCCUUCCCACCCCUUCACCGCGCCUUAAGAGGCAAGUCUCCCGCGCUUCUCAGCCAGCAUAGAAAAGCAGCGGAGUUCGUUCUGCUGUCCGGUUGCUGCGCGGGCUCCAGCGCUUGGCAACUUUCGUUUUUUUCCACAGAUCCAGUGGGGUCCGGACACUGGGCCCCGCGGGCGGAAGCACGUUCCAGCCACCAGGAGGCCACCUAUUGUUUCAAAAUAAAGACUGGGUUCCUCU